AUGCUCCUCCAACUUGUACAAAGUCUUCAAGGUCUGAAUGCCGCUACGGUUCUCUAUUUUGGCAUUACCGCCGCACUCCUGCUAAGCCUGGGCUUCGCGGCUAUCGUCCAAAAUGGAAACACCUCUAAAACACGCAGGUCACUCCGAAACCUGCGCAGAUUCGGCCUAUCAACCGGUAACAGCAACAUGACCGACCAAUAUAGUCCCAAAUAUGCCAUACCAGAAGACAUUCCGACCAAUGGCCCAAUCCGCAUAAAAUCAAUCUACAUCCACCCAGUCAAAUCAUGCGGGCCCAUCGAGCUGAAUCGGGCCUUACUUACCAAGACUGGUUUCAUGUAUGAUAGAUGUUUUGCGAUUGCAGCGGAGACAGACGGUAAAUGGCGGUUUAUCAGCCAGAGGACUAAGCCGGGUAUGGCGCUGAUUGAGACGGAAUUGUGGCUUCCGCACGAGGGAAGUGAUUCGUCUGAUGUGCUGGUGAAAGCGGCUGGGUGUGUAGUGUUGAGGUUUCGAGAUCCAGAUGUCCCAGACUGGACCAAACGGCUGGAAAUGUUCUUGCAUACGGGGGAUUUCUUUGCGACGCCGGAGGUAUCUAUCGUUGUACCUCUUCAACCUGUGGGCGAGUUGAAACCGAAGACGUUUAAUAUCCACCGCCGAGACACGAACGGUCUUGACAUGGGCCAGAUUCCUUCUGUGGCAGUAGCGUUGCCUAAGCUAAAGAGAUUUCUGGAAAUUCCGGAGAAACAACCCUUCACGCUGCUGAGGUGUACACCCGAAUCUCUCCUCCGUACGGAUUUAAAUCUCGCGCCACUUGACUACAUCGGUUCGCCAGCUGUGCAUGGCUACACGGACCAGCAACCAGUCAAUAUCAACAGCUUAUCUUCGGUGCACGCUGUAUCCACUCUCCUGCCCAAGGAGAACCAACCGCUUAACGCGCUUCGCUUCCGCGCGAACCUCUGGGUCACUGGUGCUCCUGCAUACGCAGAAGAAUCAUGGAAACGCUACCGCAUCUUGCCGAAAUCUGGCAACACAGAACCACGGGCUGAUGUAGCACCGGCAUUAUCCGUAGUCUGCCGCACAUCACGAUGCACAAUGCCAAAUGUCAACCCAGACACGGGCAGGUUUGACGCAGAUAUGCCGCCCCCAGGAAAGAAAAAGGGUAAACCACAGCCAAGCACGACGCUGGUGGAGUAUCGGACUAUCGAAACUGGAAAUAAAGCGGCGCUGGGGUAUUUGGGGAUGCAUUGUGUACCGGAGGAUCGGGACUUUAGGGAAGCUGAGGAGCAGGGAGAGGGGUUGUAUGUAGAGGUUGGCGACGAGAUUGAGGUGCUUGAAACGGGAGUGCAUGUCUUUGGAUCGACAGGGAAUGAUUACUAG